UUUCAGUGUACCAUUUUAGACUUCAUUUAAAAAUGUAGUGGGAGGCACGCGGUCAUCCAACUCCUCAAAAUUCAAAAUCCCCUCAAUUCCACUUUCCCCUUUCUCAUGACUCAUGAGCCACCGCCACAACAAUGAGCCAUCACCACGGCACCACCACUCUAGCCCGGAGCCGGUGCUUAACCCUCUUGCGACACUGCACCAAAACAACUCAACUCAAACCAAUCCACGCGCUUCUAGUCACCCAAGGCCUCCAUGAAAACCUCUAUGUCAUCACCAAACUAAUAACCUCCCUUACCUCUGUUUCAACUAACCUCCACUACUCUUCCCUCCUCUUCAACCAACUCCAAAAUUCCAACUUAUUUAUCUACAACACUCUCAUUAAAGCCCACUCUAAAAGCCCCCACCCUCAAACUUCAUUCCAUUACUUCAACCUCCUCUUAAAGGAAGAAACUAUAACACCCAAUUGCCAAACCUUUAACUUUGUUCUUGUUGCUUGUGCAAAAACUAGUUCUUUGCUUUCAGGAAUGCAAAUCCAGAACUGGGUAUUUAAAAAUGGAAUGUUUUCAUCAGAUUCUUACGUUCAAACUGGGGUUAUAAGGCUUUAUGUUGAAGCCAGGCUGUGGGAUGAUGCUAGGAAAGUGUUUGAUGAAAUUGCUUAUGUUGAUGUUGUUAAGUGGAAUGUGCUUAUGAGUGGGUUAAUACGGUGUCGUUUAGGGGCUCAAGCUUUGAGUGUGUUUAAGGAAAUGUUGGUUUUUGGAGUCGAGCCUGAUGAGUUUUGUUUGACUACAGCUUUGACAGCUUGUGCACAAAGUGGGAGUCUUUGGGAAGGGAAAUGGAUUCACGAGUAUGUGAAAAAAAGGGAAAAUUAUUUGGAACUUGAUGUGUUUAUUGGAACAGCACUUGUUGAUAUGUAUGCAAAGUGUGGAUGUUUAGACUUGGCCGUGGAAGUUUUUGAAGGGAUGAGUAAGAGGAAUGUAUUUUCAUGGGCAGCUAUGAUUGGAGGUUUUGCUGUUCAUGGUCAUGCAAGGAAAGCUAUUCAUUGUUUGGGAAGGAUGCAAACUGAUGGAAUUAGGCCUGAUGGGGUUGUUCUUCUUGGGGUUUUAACCGCGUGCACGCAUGCAGGGUUGGUUGAGGAAGGUUUACUUUUGUUGAAUAACAUGGAAGGUCAAUAUAGGAUUGUUCCUAAACAUGAACAUUAUGGUUGUGUGGUGGACUCGCUUUGCAGGGUAGGUAAAUUUGAUGAAGCUCUAAAGCUCAUAAGAAGAAUGCCUAUGAAACCACUUGCUUCGGUGUGGGGUGCUUUGUUGAAUAGUUGUCGGAUUCAUAACAAUGUUGAGCUUGCCGAGCUUGCUGUUAAAGAGCUUCUAGAGCUGGAAGAUUGUGAUGUGGAUGAAGAAGACGCAGCUCUUGUGCAGUUAUCCAACAUUUACUUUGGUGCUCAGAAAAGUGAAGAUGGUCAUAGGGUCCGUAGGAUGAUUGGUGAUAGAGGGCUCAGGAAAGCACCAGGAUGCAGUAUGAUAGAGGUUGAUGGUAGGACAACCGAAUUUGUUUCUGGUGACGUAUCGCAUCCAAUCCAUUUUCAAAUACAUGCUUUACUGAAGCUACUCUUCCCUGGGGACCCUGACACCUUGUAGACAUUAUGGAUCAUAUACCUUGGCAGCAGUGUUUUCACAUUGCAAAUCCACACAAUAUUCUCUGUCAGUGUAACCUUCUAAGAAUCCUACUGCAGAUUCUUAUCUAGUGAGUUUGAGCAGUUGCUGAUCUAUAUCAUGAUCUACCAUCGAAUUUUAUCAAGAUGGUAACAGUCAUUCUUUACUACAAAGGGAGCCAGCUGCGGAAAUUUAUAUUUCUCCAAUUGAGAAAGCAACCAUUUCUUGCUCAUAUGUAUGGAACAAUGAAACAUCACUAGCAUUUUCUUUUAACAAUUAAUUUCUUGUUUGAUUUCUAACAUUUUUGCACUGAUUUAUUUUGAAGUACCACUUCCCCAAGCUAUUUGUUCAAUGUUUUCUUUCUUACCCCAUAAAUUGGGCGAUGCUGUGGCCAUACUUUAUUCUUAUCAGAAGUUGCAGGUAAGGACCUGUAGUGUGCUCUGAUAUCUUCAUUAGAAAAUUUUGGCAUUGCCAGUAAUUACCUUAGUUACAAAUGACAGCAAAACUUGGAGAACAAACUGAAACGGAAUCCUCUGAAUUCAUCUUCCGAUGAACAACAUCAAGGCUGCUUCACUGUUCCAGGAGCAUACGCUGCUAGUAAUGGGUCCAGAAAGGCUGCAAGAAGUGGGAACCUAUCUCACAUUAGAGAAAAUGGAAAAGAUGGUUCACUCAUUUGUAAUGCCAGCAGAUGACUUCCCUCCUCCAAAAGUGCAUCAGUGCUCAAGAAUCUAGUAAACCUUUGACCUUUCCAUAAGAAUGAUGCUCAUACCAAUGGAAAGUAACAAGUUCUUUCUCCAUUUCCCUUCUUUUUACCAUUCUUCCGUUGUGUCAUAGUUGCAUCUUUCUAUUUGUUUACCUGUGAUUAAUAUAACAGAUAUUGAGUGAAAAUCCUUUGAGCUUUUAUGAGUUCUCACAAUCUUGGAGUGAAAAUCCUACUUUUUACCAAAAAUAUUUGUAUAAAUGGCCCCUUCCCAAGUAGUCUGCAUGACUUUCCCAUGAUGCUUUACUUGCUUUUAAUGGUGCAAAAGAAAAAGAGAAAGGGAAACUUCAUUUUGGGAGUCAUUGCUUUUAUCCUUUUCAUGAAUGAUUGAGGAUUAUAAUUUGGCCAAUAUUAUAGUCUACUGUCAGAUCUUUUAGAAUUGGUAUUUCCUUAUCUAGCUUUUUGAUUUCAUGUCAAUUUGAUG